CGGGAGCUCGGCGCGGCGCCACGUCAGGGGCGGGCCCGGCGCGCGCGGGAAGUCUCUGCGGAGCGGCAGGCCAGCCUCAGUCGCCGCGCGUCAUGGCCCUCUCGGUGCCCGGCUACUCACCGGGCUUCCGAAAGCCGCCCGAAGUAGUGCGGCUCCGACGGAAAAGGGCCCGGAGCCGUGGAGCUGCCGCCUCCCCGCCCCGUGAGCUGACGGAGCCGGCGGCCCGUCGAGCCGCCCUGGCGGCGGGGCUGCCCCUUCGCCCUUUCCCUGCUGCGGGGGGCAGAGGCGGCGGCGGCGGCCCGGCCACUGCCCGGAGGAACCCGUUCGCCCGCCUGGAUAACCGACCGCGGGUCGCCGCGGAGCCCCCCGACGGGCCGGCCCGCGAGCAGCCGGAGGCGCCGGGCCCGUUUUUAGAUUCUAAUCAAGAAAAUGAUUUGCUAUGGGAAGAGAAGUUUCCUGAAAGAACAACUGUUACUGAAUUACCCCAGACUUCACAUGUAUCAUUCUCCGAGCCUGAUAUUCCAUCCUCAAAAAGUACUGAGUUACCUGUGGACUGGAGUAUUAAAACGCGACUCCUUUUCACCUCUUCUCAACCCUUUACCUGGGCAGAUCAUUUGAAAGCACAGGAAGAAGCUCAAGGUCUUGUCCAGCAUUGUAGGGCAACAGAAGUUACUUUGCCUAAAAGUAUACAGGAUCCCAAACUCUCCACUGAGCUCCGUUGUACCUUCCAGCAGAGCCUUAUCUAUUGGCUCCACCCUGCUUUGUCUUGGCUACCACUGUUCCCUCGUAUUGGAGCUGAUAGAAAAAUGGCUGGAAAGACAAGUCCUUGGUCAAGUGAUGCAACCCUGCAGCAUGUUUUAAUGAGUGACUGGUCUGUGAGCUUUACUUCUCUAUAUAAUUUGCUGAAGACAAAACUUUGCCCCUAUUUCUACGUUUGUACCUAUCAGUUUACUGUCCUGUUCCGAGCAGCAGGAUUAGCUGGAAGUGACUUAAUCACAGCUCUCAUAUCUCCAACAACUCGAGGUUUAAGAGAAGCUAUGAGAAACGAAGGUAUUGAAUUUUCUCUGCCUUUAAUAAAAGAAAGUGGCCAUAAGAAGGAGACAGCAUCUGGAACAAGCUUGGGAUAUGGGGAGGAGCAAGCCAUCAGUGAUGAAGAUGAAGAGGAAAGUUUUUCCUGGCUGGAAGAGAUGGGUGUGCAAGAUAAAAUUAAAAAGCCAGACAUACUAUCUAUCAAGCUGCGUAAAGAGAAACAUGAAGUACAAAUGGAUCACAGACCUGAGUCUGUUGUGUUGGUAAAAGGAAUCAACACCUUUACAUUGCUCAAUUUUUUGAUUAACUCUAAGAGUUUAGUUGCUACCUCAGGUCCACAGGCAGGACUUCCUCCAACCCUCUUGUCCCCUGUUGCUUUCCGAGGUGCCACAAUGCAAAUGCUUAAGGCACGAAGUGUAAAUGUGAAGACACAAGCUCUUUCUGGUUACAGAGACCAAUUUAGUUUGGAGAUUACAGGUCCUAUCAUGCCUCAUUCUGUGCAUUCGCUGACCAUGCUGCUCAGAUCUUCACAGAGUGGAUCUUUCUCUGCAGUACUGUAUCCACACGAGCCAACUGCUGUAUUUAACAUCUGCCUGCAAAUGGACAAAGUACUUGAUAUGGAGGUUGUUCAUAAGGAGCUUACUAACUGUGGUUUGCACCCUAACACUCUGGAGCAACUUAGUCAAAUACCAUUACUUGGGAAAUCAUCUUUACGGAAUGUGGUGCUGAGAGACUACAUUUAUAAUUGGAGAUCCUGAACACCAAAGAUUUAUUUGUAGAAUUGGAGGUGUUUACUGGAAGAUGAUGAUAUGGCCAAGCCAAGGAAGAGAACCUACAGUGAAGAGUACAGGUGUCUCUGAUCUACAUAUCCAAGAACUGCAAGAAAAAUGUCCAGAUGGGCAUCAGAUACCUAGUCCAGUCCUUGGCAAAAGUCUGGGCUUUGGAAACCAAGGGCAAGAGGUGAUGACAACUAAUCUAUAGUAUUUAAAACUCCCACCCCCCUAUUAAGACUCCACCCUCCCACAUCCCCCAAGCGUGAUUUUGCACAACAAGUUAAAUAAAAGUAAACUGUUUAUUAAAAGAUACAGCAAAGGUACAGAUACAGAGAUACAUACAAAGAUACAGAUAUAUAUAUAUAUUUACAUAUAUAUACAGUCUUGCUGUUUUCAUGUGCACUAUAUUUAGCAGCACAUUAUUUAAUCAGGCGGCAUUUUAAUGGGGUUGUUUCGACACUUGGCAUUAUUAAGAUACAACUAUAGCCCCGUGGAAAUUUCAACGUCUGAAUUCCACUUCUCCGACUUUUAAUAGUAGCAAAGAGGGGAAGGAGAAGGGAAUGGAGUACCAAGGCUGAGCAUUAGGUUAAACACAAGAAUUUAAAAGGGCCAAGGUAGCAAAGGGAAGGAAAAAUAAUUAAAACUAAA